AGAUGAGAAUUGAGGGCAAGUCCACAGGUAGGAACAUCUUCCCACGAGAAGUCAAUGCGGUUCAAUACACAGAGUCCCCUCACCUCAGAAAGGACACCGUCGGCACAGUUGAGGUGCUCAUCGCCUUGGAUGCCAUUGUCACAACAAAGCUUUUGCUUCCUUUGACACGAUGUCGAGUCUGAUAGGUACACUGAUACGUCAAUGGAUAAAGAACGUUAAUGGGCAUUGUCCAUAGUCCUUGUUGUCGUUCGGUAUCGGACACAAUGCCUUUGUAGUGAGGAUCCCCUUAUUUGUGAGCAGCAGGCCACCGACAGCAAUGCUGGACACAUUCAACUACAGCAAGACUUCACCAACGUCAAGUCUCCACGAUGGCGCUCAGCAGAAAACGAUCCUCGACAACCUCCUGUAUCGAGAGAAAGCCAGGUAAGCGCAUACGUAUUGAUUCGGAUGUCCCCUCGGCCUUGAUCAAUUCCCUCAACAUUACUCUGCCAGAACCUCCCCAAGUCCCGACGUUUUCCAAGCCCAAAGCUGACUUCUUAAGCGUCCUCACCUCAAUCCCAGACUUUCGGGACGGACUGCGAGAAUGUGGUGUUCUGACAUCUUAUCAAUACACACGGCUUCGAAUGAGCUGUCGUACAGUUGCAGACAAUUGGAAACCGUUCCCUCAUAACCCUACCACAUCAGACACCAAAGACCCAUAUUUCGCAGGCCUGAAGCCGGUCAAAUGUGACGAGUUGGGUUGUUUCAACACCUCAACCCAUGUCGCUAUCCGUCGGUGUUUUGGUAGAUUUCAUCCAGGAAUGUUUUCCGGUUGCAACAAGAAUCUCUGCAUCCAAUGCGUUUGGAAGGCGCAACAGGCUCAUGAUAUUCACAAAAAUCCAGAGACUGAGAUGUACCAUUGCUACCACUGCAGUCGCGACAGACGCAUCACUCGAGAUAUGCAUCCAUGUGAUUGUGGCCUCACGAACCGUCCCAAUAUCCAUCACCAACCAUAUUCUGAUUGGCAGUGCAUGGCGUGCAGAUCCAUCCAAGUCAAGGGACUCAAGAUGGAGGCGCGGCGCAAUCUUGAAGACUCCGAAGCUGACAACAGGAUACUUCCGCGUGAUGCAUGGUACACAGGAUCCAAUGCUACUGAUCUCAACAGAUGGAUUUCCACUGAAGCGAGAGUCCGUAACAAUUGCCCAGGAUGUGGUCAACGUUGCAGACAGCUGCCCGGACAGUUUGCAACCAGAGCAAAUGGAUUGCCUCCGUUGCCGCGCGCAAUGAUCCGCCAGUGCAUGAUCUGUUUGGGGCGUCGGCCUGCGAAGCCUUUGAUUCAAGGUAUGUAAUGAACCCGUCAUUGAGUUUCCAGGUACCGAAAUAAGCAUUGGGGGUACAGCACAAAAGCUUUCUCAAUCUUCAGGUGGUUGGUCCGGCUGGACUCGCAUCUCGAUGGUGCCUGUCUCUCGUCCUUUGUGGUCUUUGGUAAGAAAUGUAUACU